AUGGUUGGUUUUACAAUGUUUCAGCAGGUCGAUGCUCGCCUGCAGCAAAUAAUGAAGUCAAAAGCACCAUUUGGCGGAGUAUCAGUCAUAGUUUUGGGCGAUUUCAAUCAAUUAAGACCAGUUGGUGAUAAAUACAUAUUUCAGUUUAACAAUUCAUACAAUGCUUUAGUAGAUAAUCCAUUAUGGUCACUGUUUGAAUUGUUCGAAUUGACAGAAAUAAUGAGACAAAAAGAUGAUAAGACUUUUGCUAUUGCAUUGAGUAAUCUAGCAAAAGGAAUGAUGACACUUGAAGAUAUUAAUUUAUUAAAGUCACGAAUUGUUUCAACUGAAAAAUUGGAAGCAGUUGAAGAUGCGAUAAGAAUAUUUAGAAGUAAUGCUGAAGUUGAUGCAUAUAAUACAAAAGUAUUGGCUAGUCUUAACACCGAAGGUGCAACUGCAAAUGCUUAUGACUUUUGUGUUGGUGAUGGACUUGCAUCAAUAAAAGAAAAAGUAUUAAGCAACGUAAAGAAUCUCAAAACAACUGAAACUUACGGCUUACCACUUAAAAUCGAUUUAAAAGUGGGUGCUAAAUAUAUGAUGACAGUCAAUAUGGAUACUGAAGAUGGAUUAGUGAAUGGUGCUUGUGGAAAAUUAAUAAUGAUUGAUUAUGGGAAGCUUCAAAAGACUAAUGAAAUAGUUCCGUGUAGACUAUGGAUUAAGUUCAAUGAAGCGAAAACUGGAAGAAAAGCCAGAUCUAAUUUUCAAAAUGUAAUGCGAAAUAGAAAUAUUGAUCUUAGUCUUACACCAAUUGAACCAGUGACACGACAAAUAAAUACAAGGUCAACAAAUUUCAAAGUAGAACGUAAACAGUUCCCAGUAGUUCCUUGUGAAGCUAUGACCAUAUACAAAAGUCAAGGUGGUACUUAUGAAAAAGUUGUUGUCAAUUUGAAAAAGGGGAUGACAAGAUCUGAGCUAUACGUCGCUUGUAGUCGCGCAACAAAAGCA